AUGGGAGCGAUCAAGAAAACUAAGAAAGUUCUCAAAGAGAAAACUAUUGAAAAUAACGACAACGUCGUCAAAAAGACUCCCGAAGAUGUGAUCGAAGAAACUUCCAAGAUUGUUGAACCAAAACAGAAGAAAGUGAAGCGUGUUGUGGUAACAGAAGGUCAAAAGGAACUGAAUGAGCCGAAGAAGAAAAAAACCAAAAUCCAAAAAAAAACUACUGCGUCAACCCCAUCAGAAGCCUAUGUGCCUGGUAUGCUAUCGAGCAUAUUUGGUAAAGAGUCGGAUAAAGAAAUCAUAAAUACUGUUGCUCUCAAAACUAUACAAGGAGAAUCUACAACAGUAAUAGAGAAGAAAAAGGUAGAAGAGGUACCAAAAGAGAAACCCAAUCGCGAAAAGGGUGAAAAACCUUCGGAUCGUAAUGCUCAGAGAGCUAAAAGAGCACUCCAUAAGCACAGUAACACUACUGAAGAAAACGAUAGAACAAUUUUCAUUGGAAACGCUCCCAUAUCAUGUACUGAGAAAACCAUUCGGGCUCUUUUCAAACCUUAUGGAGCGAUCGAAUCCAUACGGAUGCGGGGUGUAGUUCCAUCUAAGGAAGCGUUGACAAAACGAAUUUGUAAUACAAAGCGCAAGUUCCAUUGGAAUCAGCAGUCUGUUCUCUUUUAUGUGAAGUUCAAGGAAGCAGCAUCCGUAGAAAAGGCUUUGGAAAAGAACGGAGAAGAAAUCGACGGGCAUAAAAUUCGAGUAUCUACACUGUCAAAGAAGAAAGAUUAUGAUAAAAAUACAACUGUUUAUAUCGGAAACCUGCCUUUCACUGCCCAAGAAGAUGAGGUAGCUGCUGUGUUUGAAGAAAGCGUUGGUCCUGUCGAAUUCGUAAGAAUAACAAGAGAUAAAGAUACAGGAAUCGGCAAAGGAUUUGGUUUCGUUUGCUUCAAAGAAAAAAAUUACGUCGACUUAGCUCUUCAAACUCCCGAUAUCAAGUAUGAUAAAAGAAUACUUAGAGUUACCAAGCUGAUGAAGAAAAAGCAGAUCGAGAAGCGUGUAGCAGUACAAAAAUUGAAAACAAAGAAGGUCGACUCAAGUCAAGAAGCCAAGAUUGACCAGUACAAGUUCUCGACGGCAAGCAAAAAAACUAGAUCAGAUGAUCAGGUCGAGAGGCGAAAGCUCAAAAAAUCCGCUGUAAGAGCCAUAAAACGGAAGAGAACUGUGAAGUCUGGCCGAAGUAUUAUGAAAUAA